AGUGAAGAAACUAAGAAGCCAAGUGGUGGUACUCAUAGCAUUGAUUAGCCAAAGCGAGCAACACGUUUCGAACACACACACCAAAAGAAAAUCAUAGCGUCAAAAGUUCCUAAACACAAGGCUAGACCCACCUUAUCCACCUUAAUUACUUCAACCACAAUUUUCACAUAUCUUUGUAAGGCAAUCUCUUCCCUACAAAUACCUAUCAUAUAUCCACCAUCUUCCUUACAACAACAACAACACUUUUUCAUUUUUUUUAUAUCAAUAACAACAAUUUUAAAUUAUGGACAACGACUACAACAACAGCUCUUAUGGUAGUCAAGGGAAAGAACACCGUCAACAUGGGCAGAACCAAGGUCAUUCGAACACCGAGCUUUUCUCCUCGGCUAAGGUGUUGUCGGAAGCGGCGCAAUCGAUUUUCAACCAUGAACCUGGCAAGGUGGAUAGGGCAAAGGUGGCAGAAGCCACCUCUGAUAUUCUAAGUGCAAUUGGUGUUGAUGAGAGUAAGGGCUUUGGCAAGUACGUUGACAAAGCCGCUGAUUAUCUUAGCCACCAUGACUCUUCCUCUGGUGCUGGCACCGGAGGAAGAACAGGUCAUUCUGGUGGUUAUGGUAAUAAGCAUUCUGAGAGUGGUUAUGGUGAUGAUCGUUCUGGUACUGGUUAUGGGAAUCAUAAUGAGAGUGGGUAUGGAGGUGGACACUCUGGUGGUGGUUAUAGGAAUAAUAAUGAGAGUGGAUAUGGAGGUGGACGCUCUACUGGUUAUGGUGCUGAUGAUCGUUCUGAGAGUGGGCAUGGGCGCUCUGGUGGUGGAUAUGGUGAUGGAGGACGUUCUGGUGGUGGUUAUGGUGCUGAUGACCGUUCUGAGAGUGGGUACGGACGUUCUAGUGGUGGAUAUGGCGAUGGAGGACGCUCUGGUGGUGGCUAUGGAGAAGAAAACCGUUCGGGUGGUUAUGGGGACGGAGGGCGUUCAGGUGGUGGCUAUGGUGAUGAACAUUCUAGAAGUGGUUAUGGGAAUGAACGCGAAGAACGUUUGGGUGGAGGGUAUGGUAGGGAUAGUCGUGAUAAUCGAUCCAGUGGUGGAUAUGGCUAUGGAGAUAACUAGAUGAAGAACAUGGCUCAAGGGUUUUGAUGCAAUUCUCACUAAAUUAAACAUAUUUAAUUAUAAAUUAAUUAAGAGGCAUAGUCCAUAGAUGCAAGUAUACCCUUUGUUUUAGUAUGUUGUGUGAAGUGUUCGGAAUACAACUCUUUAAAUGUUGUUGCUUCUAAGUUUUAAUUUAGAAUUAGUCUUUUGUGUGUUACUUUUUAUGUAAUUAUGUAUUCUAUCAUGACAAUUUACUUGUCUCGUACUAUAAAAUAAACUAUUUACAACAUUA